CGGAGGAAACGGUAAAACGUGCAAUUUUUAUAAUAAUGAUUAUGAAAGAGACUUGAACAAGAGAGAACAAGAGAGAACAUUAGAUGAUAAAAAUAAUGAUUAUGGUGGUGGGUUUGCUAAUUGCAAUGUUGUUAGUGGGAAGAGUUAGCUAUUAGAGUGGCUUCUAAGACAAGACAAAAUCAAUUAAAACAAGCAAAAAAAGGUCAGGAGAAGCCUUCUUCUCUUGUUUUUUGGGUCAAAAAUUUAUUCAUUCAUUACUAUGGACAUUGCUAAUUCUUUCACCCGAUAAACAAUGCAUCAUCAUCUUCCAGGCCGGCCGGCAUAGCAACUUAAUGCUCAUUUGACUAAAGGGUCUUUGGCUUUUGUGUCUUUAGUUUGGUCGUUAUUGAGAAAUUUCACAUUUUGCAGUUAGAUAGCUAGCCUGCUUGCUGCCAUGGCUGCAGCCUUCAGGUUGCUUUUCUUUUUUGCUUUCUUUUCUGCAGGAAUUAUAUUCACUUUUUCCGUAACUGACCCUCGUGAUGCUGCAGCUCUCCAGUCCCUGAAAGAUACCUGGCAAAAUACUCCGCCGAGCUGGGGCAAUGGAGAUCCUUGUGGAACACCAUGGGAAGGAGUUGCAUGCCAGGACUCAAGGGUCACUGCCUUAGGGUUAUCAACAAUGGGCAUCAUAGGAAAGCUGAGUGGUGACAUUGGAGAACUUGCUGAAUUGAGAUCCCUGGACUUGUCAUUCAACCCAGAACUUACAGGAUCUCUAACUCCGCGGUUAGGAGAUCUAAAAAAUUUGAAUAUACUAAUUCUUGCUGGUUGUAGCUUCACCGGUAGUAUUCCAGAUGAUUUUGGCAAUCUUGCUCAGCUUUCCUUCUUGGCUCUCAACUCAAACAACUUGACUGGUCGCAUCCCUUCAUCUCUGGGAAGACUCUCCAAUGUCUACUGGCUAGACCUGGCAGAUAAUCAGCUGACUGGACCUAUCCCAAUUUCAACACCCACCACUCCAGGCUUGGACCUCCUUAAAAAAGCUAAGCACUUCCAUUUCAAUAAGAACCAGCUUUCAGGUCCAAUUCCUUCCAAGCUUUUCAGCUCUGAUAUGGUACUAAUACAUGUAUUGUUUGAUGGAAAUCUACUUGACGGAACUAUUCCAUCCACAUUAGGACUGGUUCAGACCCUUGAGGUUCUCCGGCUUGAUAGAAAUGCUUUAACAGGAAGUGUACCAGCAAAUUUAAACAAUCUUACAAGCGUCAGUGAAUUGAAUUUAGCACACAAUAAUCUGACUGGCCCUUUACCAGACUUAACUGGAAUGGAUGCCCUUAAUUAUGUGGACCUUAGCAAUAACUCUUUUGUCGCAUCAGAAGCUCCUGCAUGGUUCUCAACCUUACCAUCUUUGACCACACUGGUUAUAGAACAUGGAUCACUUCAAGGGCCUUUACCACCAAGAAUCUUCAGUUUACAGCAGAUACAGCAAGUGUUAUUGAAAAACAAUGCAUUCAAUGGCCAACUGGACAUGGGUAAAAGCCUCGGUCCACAGCUUCAACUGGUUGAUCUGCAGAAUAAUAAUAUUUCUUCUGUAACAUUAACUGCAGCCUACACAAAUGAACUAAUACUUGUAGGAAAUCCAGUGUGUGUUGCUCUCUCAAAUACUAAUUACUGUCAACUCCAGCAGCAGAAUUCAAAGCCAUAUUCUACUCCCUUGGCAGCUAAUUGUAGAAAUACAAAAUGUCCAGAUGGACAGAAGCUUAGCCCUCAGAGUUGUGAAUGUGCCUAUCCAUAUGAAGGAACAUUGUACUUUAGAGCACCCUCCUUCAAGGACUUAUCCAAUGUGAAUUUGUUUCAUUCUCUAGAAAUGAGUCUUUGGGUCAAAUUGGACUUGACUCCUGGUUCAGUUUUUCUUCAAGAUCCAUUUUUCAAUGUCGAUGACUAUCUUCAAGUGCAGCUUGCUCUAUUUCCCCCAGCUGGAAAAUAUUUUAAUAGAACAGAAGUUAUAAAGAUUGGUUUUUACAUGAGUAAUCAAACUUAUAAGCCUCCUAAAGAGUUUGGACCCUAUCUUUUUAUUGCUUCUCCUUAUACUUUCACAGAGGAGCAUAAAGGAAAUUCUGUAAGCUCCAGUGCAAUUGCUGGGAUAGGAAUUGGUUGUGCACUUCUAGUUCUGAGCCUUGUCGGGGUAGGACUAUAUGCUUUUAGGCAAAAGAAACGCGCAGAAAAGGCACUCGGAUUAAGUAGACCAUUUGCAUCUUGGGCUCCAAGUGGCAAAGAUAGCGGAGGUGCACCACAGUUAAAGGGAGCAAGAUGGUUCUCUUAUGAUGAACUUAAGAAGUGCACUAAUAACUUCUCCGAAAAUAAUGAGAUAGGUUCUGGAGGAUAUGGAAAGGUUUAUAGAGGAAUGCUAUCUGAAGGACAAGUAGUGGCAAUUAAAAGAGCUCAGCAUGGAUCCAUGCAAGGCGGGCUCGAGUUCAAGACUGAAAUUGAGUUGCUAUCAAGAGUACAUCACAAAAAUCUUGUUGGUCUUGUAGGUUUUUGUUUUGAACAAGGAGAGCAGAUGUUGGUUUAUGAAUUUAUGGCAAAUGGAACACUUAGGGAAAGCCUAUCAGGGAGGUCUGGUAUUCAUCUUGAUUGGAAAAGGAGGUUGCGCGUUGCUCUUGGCUCAGCUAGAGGACUAACCUAUCUACAUGAGCUUGCAGAUCCUCCUAUAAUCCACAGAGAUGUCAAGUCUAGCAACAUUCUGCUGGAUGAAAAUUUAACUGCAAAAGUUGCAGAUUUUGGCCUGUCUAAACUGGUAUCAGACAGUACAAAAGGGCAUGUUUCAACUCAAGUUAAAGGCACCCUGGGUUAUCUGGAUCCUGAAUAUUACAUGACACAACAAUUAACUGAAAAGAGUGAUGUCUACAGCUUUGGUGUAGUAAUGCUUGAGCUAGUAACUGCUAAGCAACCGAUUGAGAGAGGAAAGUACAUUGUUCGCGAAGUGCGAACAGCAAUGGACAAAGAUGAUGAAGAGUAUUAUGGACUGAGAGAAAUAAUGGAUUCAGCCAUUAAGAACUCAGGACAUCUUGUUGGGUUUGGGAGGUUUUUGGAGUUAGCUAUGCAAUGUGUAGAAGAAUCAGCUGCAGAACGUCCAACAAUGAGUGAAGUAGUUAAGGCAAUAGAGACUAUAUUACAAAAUGAUGGAAUGAACACAAAUUCAACUUCUGCUUCCUCUUCUGCAACUGAUUUUGGAGCUUCAAGAGGUGUCCCUAGACAUCCUUAUCAUAAUGAUGUGCCUAAAAAGGAUGUUAAUAAUGAUAUUCAUGCAUUUGAUUACAGUGGAGGUUACUCACUUCCUGCAAAGAUAGAGCCUAAGUAG